AUGAACUCUAAGAGGAAGAAUGACGAGGAGAUGAAGAAGAGUAAGGAGGAUGAUGAUGAGAUUACGAGAAAGAGGAAUGAGAGGAAGGAGAGGCGAGAGAGGCUGACGAUUUUGUCCAAGCAGAGAAAUGCUGAUGAGUUGGCCAAGAAGAGGAAUGCUGAGAAAAGGAAGUCGAAAAAGAACAAUGAGGAGGAGGACGAGGACGAGGAGACUAAGGAGGAGGAGGAGACUUUGGAGAAGGACGAGGAGACUGAGGAGGAGGACGAGGAAACUAAGGAGGAGGAUGAGGAGACCGGGGAGGAGGACGAGGAGACCGGGGAGGAGGACGAGGAGACUGAGGAGGAGGACGAGGAGACUGAGGAGAAUGACAAGAACGAUGAUUUGCGCCCCACGCCAAAAGCCUCUCGCAAAUUGAGUUUUGAUCGCCUAGAGGAGAAGAAUGAUGAUGUGCACGACAAUGAUCAUGUGCAUGACAAGGAUCGCCCAGAGGAGGUGGAGGAGGAGAAGAAUAAGGAGAAGGAGGUGGAGGCUGAGAAGAAUAAUGAUGAUAUGCAGGACGAGGAUUCGCUCCCUAUGCCCCAAUCCUCUCCCAAAUUGAAGGAUGUGGAUGAGGAUAAGAAUAAGGAGAAGGAGGUGCUGGACGAGGAGAACAAAGAGGUGAAGGUAAAAGCUGAGAAGAAUAAGGAGAAGGAGGAGAAGAAGAAGAAUGAUGAUGUGCAGGACGAGGAUUCGCUCCCUACGCCCCAAUCCUCUCCCAAAUUGAAGGAUGUGGAUGAACAUAAGAAUAAGGAGAAUGAGGUGCUGGAGGAGGAUAACAAAGAGGUGGAGGUAAAAGCUGAGAAGAAUGACAAGGAAAAGAAAGAGGAGGUGGAGGAGGAGACUAAGAAUGUCAAGGACGAAGAUUUGCCCCACGUUCCAAAGGAGAAGAAAGAGGAGGUGAAGGAGGAGAAAAAUAAGGAGGAGGAGACUAAGGAGAUUGUGAAGGAUGUGAUUGUGGAGACUGAGGAGAAGAAGAAGAAGAAGGAGAAGAAUAAGGAGAAUGGGGUGAAUGAUGUGAAAGAAUUGACUCCAUCACAAUUUGUUGGUACAAGUUUUCAGAGAAAGAAGAUGAAGUCGAAACAAUUGGGGGAUUACACCGACCCUGGUGGGAAAAGGUUUAAACUAAAUGAUUCGGUUAAGGUUAAUCCGAUGUUACGAAUUGACGAGGAAAAAAUGAAGACAUUCAAGAAAUGGUUAAAGAGUGAUGGAAAGGAUUUCAAGGAUUUGACGGAGAUAGAUGCAAUCUGUCAUCUAAUGAGACGAAGGGUUGCGGAGUUCCCUAAGACAUAUCCAAGAAAUUUCUCAAUUGCUGACUCUAAAUUCUCUCAGAAGAUGAUGACUCGCUAUGAUAUGUUUACCCCGAAUCCUGCAGACUACCAAUUCGAAGAUUUCAUGGAAUACUUAGUUGGUGAAGGAAGUAAUCCUUGGAAUAUUGUUGAUAUAAUAUAUAAUAUGUUCCCAAAGGAUGAAUAUGACGACUUCAUGAAACCGAUGUGUGUAAUGGUGUCGUACUUUCUUGAACAGGGAUUCACCAUAGGCGAUAAGGAAAGGUUUCCACGGAUGAAAUUGGAUAGGAUGUCAUAUUCCAUAAUACCACACUCAACAGUCCCAAAGACAACCAAAAGUGGGGACUGUGGGGUUUUUACUAUUAUGCAUUUGGAAUACCUUACUGCCUUAUAG